CUUGAACGUCCAGGAAAUUGGAGACCAGACGACCAUGGAGUUCCUCGGCGAGCUCACCAUGCACUCGGACAUCGGGGUCGUGUACCGCAGCGAGCUCUUCGUGCGCCCCCUGCGGCAUCAUCACACCGCAGAGGACCCGUCGCUCGGCGCUUGGCGUGCCCGAGCCAUCGCAGAAUACGCACACCGAUACCCACGAUCGCGACCGCGCCCGCGCCGGCGACGCACACGACCAGACCGAAGACGAGCACUUCGACUAGGCACACUUGCCGCACGACACGGCGCUGCACAAGCUUAUAACGACUCGGGGGCGCACCGGCCACGCACGGACCUGCUGCGCGUGCUGCACGCAUACCUUGCGUUGCCGCGCAACCUCGGUGCGCUUGGGCGGGUCACGACGUUGAACGCGUUCGGCGAGCGCUCAAGCGCUGGAAGGACGCGCGCUAGCGGGCGAAGGCGCAGAAAGGCGAGAGGCUCGUGCGCGCGGACAAUGCUUCGAGCGCGUCGAGCGGGAAUUCGGUUAGUGAGAUCAGUGGUGCCAAGGGUGUGAGAACCCGGGAUGUGAGGACUGUCUUCGAGGAGGAUGCGAAGAGGGCGAGUGAGGGCGGGGUUGGGAUGCACAGGCGAAGAGGGUGGAGGGACAGCCUCAGCCUGAGGAUAGUGAGUUCUCGGGCCAGUGAGUCGCAGUAGAGAUGACGGGGGCUGAUUUGUUUGCCUUUCAAAUUCUAGAUACCAUCCAUGGUGCUGGCUGUACUAUCCUAUCUGCUCGAUGUCCCCUUGUGAUCAUUGUUUUGCCAACUGAACUUCGUUGGAAUCCUAUUAAUGCAUGUACAUUCAUCAUAGCAUCUGUAUAUCUACGAAUCAUAGGAUGGCAGCCCAUACUCUUCGGGCUUGAAGUCUUCGAUCGACUUGAGCAUCUGAUCUGGUUAUUUGAUGUGGAGAGCGGCGUGCUCGCGCCUGUACUGUCACUUGUACCGACGGCAACAAGGAUUGGGGCGGGUGCCUACAUCACAUUCGUGCCGACCUCCUUCCAGCCCGCGCGCCCGGAAUCGCAUCUUCAAAGACCUGGCCCUUCCUCUGUUUCGCCCUCUGCUCCUCCAUAACCUCGCAGUCAUCAUCCUCCAGCUUCCCUUCCGAGACAAAUCCUCGUCAUGACAAGCACAUUCCGCGGCUAGACCGUCGUCAUCGCAUUCGACGCCGUCCUCGAGGCAGCCAAAGAGUGCGUCCAUGAGGUGUACGCCUUUCUGCACACAGUCGCGGGGCCGUUGCUGCACGAGGCGCACGACGCCCAGACGCGGUUGCACCAUGGGCCAAGUGGCUGAAUAAACAGCGGUGAAGCCGCAGAAGGAAGAGAGCCCGCAAAAGUUCCUCCCGAUGAGAGAGGCGAUCUCCUGCCGAUCGCGGCGGUAUCCAAACUGCGGGCCUCCGUGCGGUGUCUCUGCCGUCCGCGAGUACGUCGGAUAGGUCACAGAGAUUUAGGUCUGCCCAGAGGGG